AUGUUCCGGACGGUGGUUGCUCGCACUCCGAGGCUGCUCUCAAUACAACGUGAAACUCGUCGAGGUAUCCUCAGCAAAGCGCUCCGCCAGGGGCCAACCGAGCCUCCGCUCCUCGAACAGACGGUACCUGAACAUUUUGCGGGUAUCGUGAGGCAAUUCGGCGACCGCAACGCUGUCAUCUCGCACCACCAACGCACAUCUCUCACAUACGAGGCGCUCGAUCGAGACUCCAAUGCGCUUGCCAGAGGCCUACAGAAGAGAGGCGUGAAGAAGGGGGAUAGAGUCGCAGUGUCAUUGGGAAACAAUGUCGAGUUCGCUACGAUCACAUAUGCGCUCUUCAAGCUGGGCGCGAUACUCGUGCCAUUGAACCCUGCCUUCAAUGCGCCUCAGGUUCUCUCCGCCCUCAACCACCUUGAAGCUGGCCACCUCAUCAUUGGCGCCGAGACGAAUCUCCCACGCAAAGACCCUCGAUCGAACGUACCUCUGCUCACACAUCUCGUGCCGGAUCUGACUGAGUCGAACCUGCAGUCCGAACUGGUGCCGUCCCUUAGGAAUGUCAUCAUGGUAGAUAACGCGCAGGGGAGGAUUGACUGCGCUGUAUACAGAAGCAUCACAAGAUACGAGCAUGUGCUCGAGGACGGAGGAAAAGGUAGCGCUCUGGAGGAUCAGGGGUUAGACCCCAACGAUAUCGUGAACAUCCAGUUUACUUCAGGUACAACCAGCAUGCCCAAAGCUGCUUGUCUGAGCCACCGAAGCAUUCUGAACAACGGAAAGAGCAUUGGCGACAGGAUGCUCUUGACUGAGAACGACCGCGUUUGCAGUCCGCCUCCUCUAUUCCACUGCUUUGGCUGCAUUCUCGGCUAUAUGGCAACAGCAACCCACGGCUCCUCCAUCAUCUGGCCCGCCGAAGCUUUCAACCCACUUGCAACCCUUAAAGCCGCGCGCGAAUACAAAGCUACGGCUCUCUACGGCGUACCCACCAUGUUCGUCGCAGAGCUCGACCUCCUCGCCCAUGGCGCCGUGCCUCGAGAUGGCUUCGAACACCUACGUACGGGCAUCGCAGCCGGGUCCUCGAUACCUGCCGAGCUGAUGCGCAAGCUUCAUAAGCAAUUGAACUUGACCGAGUUGACCAUCUGUUAUGGCAUGACAGAAACCAGUCCAGUCAGCUGCAUGACGACAACGGACGACCCGAUCGAAAAGCGUAUCGACAGCGUGGGCCGCCUUCUCCCACACGUACAAGCCAAGGUCGUCGAUCCUAGCGACUGGUCGCGCACACUCGGCAUUGAUGAGCGGGGCGAGCUCGCUAUAAGCGGUUACCUACUCAUGAAAGGAUACUGGGGCGACGAGAAGAAGACAUCCGAAGUCAUGGGUGCUGACGAGGAUGGCGUCAUGUGGAUACACACUGGCGACGAGGCGACUAUGGAUGCUGAUGGAUAUGUGCGCAUCACAGGGCGGAUCAAGGAUCUCAUCAUCAAGGGUGGUGAAAACAUUCAUCCUCUUGAGGUCGAGAACUGCCUCUUUGCGCACUCUGCGAUUCGUGAAGUCAGCGUGGCAGGUCUACCGGAUGAGCGAUAUGGCGAGGUUGUUGCAGCUUUCGUAGUGAAGCACGAUGGCGAUGAGGGGAAUAUCACAGCUGACGAGGUGCGGAGUUGGGUCAGAGAAAAGUUGAGCCAUCAUCUUGUGCCAAAGUACAUCUUCUUCGUACAAGACUAUCCGAAGACACCCAGUGGAAAGAUUCAGAAGUUCAAGCUGAGAGAGUCAGGCAUCAAGUGGCUACAGGAAGGUCAAGGACUGUAA